AUGACCUCUCUCGCUGAAACAAGUGACAUUUCAGGAGUCACUCAGCCUAUCCCGCCAUCGCUUGUCCUAGCGCAGGCGGAUUUGACAUUCUCGAAAGACUUCCAAUGCCUUCCUAUUCCGAGACGACUCCGUUACGACCCUGGAAGGCCUUUCCACUUCGGAAUGUUGCUCAACGUAUCUUUUGGCAUGGGUAGUACCUUAGUUGUUGCCAACCUUUAUUAUUGUCAGCCAAUUCUAAUUCAAUUAUCUGCCUCUUUCCAUGUCACGUAUGACGAAGUGGCGAGGAUCCCAACACUAGUUCAAGCCGGGUUUGGUAUCGGCCUCCUACUCAUAACACCACUCGGUGACAUGCUUCGCCGGCGCCAGUUGAUAUUGCUCUUGGUUGUGUUUUCAACUACCUUAACCAUAGGACUCGCCAUUACAAACAACCUUUUGGUGUUCGAGGUCAUCUCCUUUCUGAUUGGGUUGACGUCUGUCACCCCCCAAAUUCUCAUGCCACUAGCAGCUGACCUCGCUCCUCCCGCUCGUCGUGGAUCAGCUAUCUCAGUUGUUCUGUCAGGUUUUUUGCUUGGUAUCCUCCUCGCGCGCGUACUGUCUGGCAUAGUGGCCAAUUUCACAAGUUGGCGUAUGGUGUACUGUAUGUCUAUCGGCCUCCAGAGUAUCGUCCUGUGUGGUGCCUAUCUCUUGCUUCCGGACUACCCGGUGAAGAACCGUGACUUAUCCUACCUCGGGAUAUUUCGUUCCAUGGCGAAAUACGUUGUCACCGAACCUCUCGUCUCCCAAAUCAUGCUAGCAAACUGGGCCGGUAGUGCGUGCUACACCAAUUGGUGGGUGACCCUCACGUUCCUACUCGGCGAACCGCCAUAUGACUACUCCACCGUGAUCAUCGGGUUGUUUGGCCUCGUUGGAAUGAUGGGUGUAAUUGUGGUACCAUUCGUUGGCCGUCUCAUCGAUCGGCUUGUGCCGUGGUGGUCCGCUAUAGUUUCAAGUGUACUUCUUUUGGUGUUUCAAGCAGUACAAACUGGGGCAGGAGGCAUAAAUGUUGCCGCGAUCAUCAUCUCUUGCUUCGGAUUAGACGUGUUCCGCCAAACACAAUCUGUAUCACUGUCUACGCUGAUGUUCAGCAUUUCCGAUACUGCACGCUCGCGUUUAAACUCGCUGUUGAUCAUAUCAGUUUUUCUCGGUCAGAUUACAGGGACAUCCGUCGGUACUGACGUUUUCGUCGGAUAUGGCUGGCGUGCAAAUGCUGCGCUAUUCAUGGCCAUGUAUGCCUUCCAGCUCGCGGUGCUUAUCCUUAGAGGUCCCCACUGUCCCAAGAAUCGGUGGUUUGGUUAUGAAGGUGGACUGGGAUUCUGGCAGAAGCUGCCGUCUAAGCAGUCCAAACCAACCGUGAGCGGCGACCUCGAGAAUGCAGGAGGCGGCGACCUGGCUGUAUUGUACAGCGAAAAGACUCGGAGGGAUGCCGAAGGAAAAGACGAUGAAAAGCUCCGCUAG